AUGAAGAAAUCCCGCUCCCCUCCGUUCCUUGCCAAGUGUGAUGCGUACGAUAUGUACAAGCGAGCCGUCCCCGUGGGCGAGCUGAGACUGCCCCCAUAUGACACCGACGCAGAAACCGGCAAUGUGAUCGUCGUCCGCGGGGAGGUCUACUGCCGCAUGCCGAACUGCCCCCGAGCCAAGAUUGCAUUCUGCAGCACCACAAAUCUGCGAAACCAUCUUCGUGGCCAGCAUGAUGUCGUCUUGCAGCAUGUCUUUGAUGGCCGCGCAACACGACUUGAUCGGGAGAACUCUAUCUCGUGGUACAACUCCCUUUUUGAGGAUGCCGAGGAGAACGCAAAUGGCGAGAUUAAGCAUGAGGAGGAUAACGAGCUCAAGUUUCAGGUAGAUGGUCACAACGAGGUCAAGGUCUAG